AUGCUAUCAUUCGUAAAAAGCGUUGGCAGAGGUUUCGCGCGUAGCUACACCUGGUGUAAAAGUGCAAGUUGUCGUAGAUUUUUCAGCGAAGACUAUUUUUGGACUAAAGCUAAUGUCGGUCCAUUCUUCAUCGUCCUUCUAACUGCGCCCUAUUGGUUGGGAGGCAUAAAGAAUAUUUAUUGGACGCUUCGCUACGAACAAUUAAAUAAACAGGAAAUACUCUCUGACCGAUUCACCUGGUUGUACGAAAGGAUGCUGGAAGACGAAGUACAUAAGACCCUUUUGCAGAAACUGCCCUCCUAUAACUUUAAAAAUAAUGGCCCAGAAAAUAUGUUAGGCCCAAGCCAAAUAUAA